AUGGGCAGUAUGCUGUGUGCUCUGAUUCUCUUGUCUGGUCUCCUGGGGGCCGCCAAGGCCAGCCCCAUCACGGGCCCCCGGGAGUGUGCCAAGGGCUCUGAGGUAUGGUGUCAAGACCUGCAGGCAGCUGCUAAGUGUCAGGCCGUGAGGUACUGCCAGAGUGCUGUCUGGAGCAAGCCCAUAGUCAAGUCCCUGCCCUGCAGUGUGUGCCAGGAUGUGGCAGCCGCUGCUGGUAACGGGAUGAACCCAGAUGCUACAGAGUCGGACAUUUUGGGAUCCAUAACGAAGACCUGUGAGUGGCUUCCAAGCCCGGAAUCAUCAGUUAAGUGCAAGCAGAUGGUGGACAACUACAGCCCAGCUGUCCUGGGCAUGCUCAGUGGAACCCCAGGCACUGCCGUGGCUCCGGUAUGCACUGCGCUCACCCUUUGUGAGCCACUACAGAGGCACCUAGCCAUUGCCACCUCAGAGAGACCGCUGACGCAGGAGGAUAUAACUCAAGUAAUGGCUCCAUUCUUGUCCAAUGGGGCCCUCAGCUUCCACCCAUCACAGAUGCCUGGGGAUGCUGUAUGCCAAGACUGCAUCCAGCUGAUCUCCACGCUCCAGGGUGCUCUAGAGUCUAACUUGACCUUGGCAGAGGUAACUUUCCAGGAUCAGUGUGCAUCCCUGGGGCCUGGCCUGGCUGCCCUCUGCAAGAACUACAUCCAACAGCAAUUCAUCCCCGCCCAGCAAACGCUGCAGAUUCUCCCCUCACAGGAGGUCUGCAGGAAGGGGGGCUUCUGUGAGGAGCAGAGAGAGCCUGCCCACCGGCUGGCUCAAGUGGCCGCUGUGGAUGGAAUCCCUUCUCUGGAACUGGAGCUGCCCAAGAAGAAUGAGAUGCAGAUGCAGCUGGGCCUGACCUGUGAUGUGUGCUUGAACGUGAUCCAGGAGAUGGACAAAUGGCUCAUGACCAACAGCACAGAAGCCCUCAUCACCCACACCCUGGAGCGAGUGUGUUCCAUAAUGCCCGAAAGUCUGGUCCAGCAGUGCAUCACCCUGGUGGAGGCCUACAGCCCCAACCUGGUUCAGCUUGUGACCAGAGUCACCCCAGAGAAAGUGUGUGAGACCAUCAGGCUGUGUAACAACAGAAGGCAGGCCAGGUCCAUCUCCAGGGCUGAGGCAACCACACCGUCCCUGCUGGUGGAUGAAGAAAACCAGGGCAGCUUCUGCCAUGGGUGCAAAAGGAUACUGGGCGUAUCUUCCCAGAAUCUGGACCGCAAGAGCACCAAGCGGGACAUCCUGAACGCCUUCAAAGGCGGCUGCCGAAUCCUGCCACUGCCUUACGUACUGCAGUGCAACCGUUUCGUAGCGGAGUAUGAGCCCGUACUCAUAGAGAGCCUCAGGCUCAUGAUGGACCCCACGGACCUGUGCAGGAAGAUGGGGGCCUGCCACAGCCCCAAGGUUCCACUUCUAGGCACGGAUCAGUGUGUCUUAGGCCCCAGCUUUUGGUGCAAGAGCCCAGAGGCCGCUGAGAUGUGUGACGCCCUGGAGCACUGCCAGCGCCUUGUGUGGAAGAAGCCGGCCUCCAAAGUCAAAGAGCAGCCAUGAUUGCGGCCACCAGAACCCAAAGCCUGCCAGGCUCAUCCCACCUGCAGGCUUCUGCCUCCCAAG